UACACUGAAGUGUGCACCAUUGCCUCCAACGGCAGCAGUCUUAUUACAGUGGUCGAUCCACCCACUGAUCCGACACCCCCUCCUGAUGGUGGUGGUGGUGACAAUGAUGGUGAUGUUGCUGGUGGUGAUGGUGGUGGUGGUGGUGAAAAUAAUGGUGGUGACAAUAAUGGUGGUGGUGAUGCUGGUGGUGACAAUAAUGGUGGUAAUGACAAUAAUGGUGGUGGUGAUAAUAAUGGUGAUGGUGGUGGUGAUAAUGUUGGUGACGACAAUGCUGGUGAUGAUGACAAUGCUGGUGGUGGUGGUGGUGGUGGUGGUCAUGGUGAUGGUUGUGCCACUGCUUCCCCCAUCGCUUUGUCAGCUAUUGCCCUCAUGGUUAUCACGCCAAUGUUAUUACCGUAA